UUUCGAAAAACUUCACAUUAUCAUGUUUUUCAUCAUAUUAAUUACCCAAGUUCCAAAAAUUCCAAUUUGCAUACCAGUUUUCUGUUGGAUGAGGAAAUCCCGUGAUUGACUCUUGGUUGCUUGCUCUGAAAACGACGUUACGCUACCGACCCUGGCCACCCUAUAACGACACCGUUUAACCCCACCCCACCCCCACCUAAGCAUUAGCUGGCAUCACCCCUCACACUUUGCUGCUUACUCAAAACGCAUUACUCCUCCUUACAGUACUACUGCUACUACUUACCACUUCUUCUUUUUUUUCUUUUUUUUGGAUAGAUUAUAGAAAUUCACACUUGGGGUUCUAAGAUUGUUCAAGAUGAGAAUUGGGUUGACUUCAAUUUUGAAUUUUAGUUGACUUAUUGAUAGAUCGAUCUGUUACAACCAAACAGGAAAAAUCGAAGGUGCAAGUGGGUAAAGCCAAAGCUAGUAUAGCAUGGGUGUCUCAGGCAAAUGGAUUAGAGCACUGGUCGGCUUAAAGAAGUCAGAAAAGUCUCAUUCUUCAGAAAAAGAGGAAAAUAAAUCUGGAGGGACUGGGAAGUUUUGGCACCGGAGAAAACACUCUGUUGAGAUCGAUUCCAACCUACUUCAAAAGGAGCUAACUUAUAAUGAUGCUGGUGCUGGAUCAGUUGAAGAUAUAAGCAGCACAUCAGUUCCAGUUGCUUCCAGCUCCCCUUCAAGUUCACAUCAAUUGCAUCAUGCCCCUCUAGUUAAGCAAAAUAUGAGAGAGGAGUUGGCAGCUAUACGCAUCCAAACAGCUUUCAGAGGAUUUCUGGCAAGGCGAGCUUUUCGGGCUUUAAAAGGAUUGGUGAGACUACAAGCCCUUGUCAGGGGUCAUGCAGUGAGAAAGCAAGCUGCAAUUACCCUCCGUUGCAUGCAAGCUUUGGUGAGAGUUCAGGCACGUGUCCGAGCAAGACGUGUUCGCAUGUCACUGGAAAGUCAAACUGAACAGCAGAAACUUGAACAGCAAUUAGAACAUGAUGCUCGCGUACGAGAAAUCGAAGAGGGCUGGUGUGACAGUAUUGGAUCUGUUGAGCAAAUUCAAGAAAAGUUGCUAAAGAGACAAGAGGCAGCUGCUAAGCGUGAAAGAGCAAUGGCCUAUGCUUUAGCUCACCAGUGGCAGGCAGGAUCCAGGCAGCAAGCUACACUUUCUGGGUUUGAACCAGAUAAAAGCAGCUGGGGUUGGAACUGGUUAGAGAGAUGGAUGGCAGUACGCCCAUGGGAAAAUCGUUUUCUAGACCUUAAUGUGAGAGAUGGAGUCAUGCCUAAUGAAAAUGAAUCAGUUGAUCCCAUAAACGGGAUAAAGAACCAGGUUAAAUUUGCUGGGAAAAAACCAACUGCAACUCUUGCAAAUGAUAGAGUGGGUCCAUCUCAUUCAAGCAGUAACUCAAAAUCAAAUGAAAAGGCAGCAGUAUCGCUCUCCGAUGGCUGCAGUUCUUCCCCAAAUGUGUCAGCAAGCACACAAGAAACACCUGCAGCAUUAGUUAACAAACCUAAGUCCAAACCAAAUCUUGAAGAUUUAGUUGAGGAAGCUAGUUCUAAACCCGCCCUUGGUUCUAGAUCACACAGCAAUCCUAAGGAGAGAUCCACUCCCUCUGAUAAACAAGGAAAACAGAGACUGUCUCUGCCUGGUAGCGGUUUUGCACCUCAAACAGCCAGACAACCAAGCAGAACCAUCAAAAGGACAUCUAGUUGGCAGAAGCCUUUGAAGGAGAAGUCCAAAUUAAACGAAACUGAUACUAAGUCUACAGCAACUGUUUCACAACAGGCUGCUGAUUAGUUUUUAGGUACUCGUUGAAGAUCCCGAUCUCAGAUCCAAGUGUCACCCUUGUUUGUAAAUACAGGGAACCUUCUUAAAGGGGAGCGAUGGUAUGUUCUUCUAGAGAUGUGUCCACGGCAGAGUUAAAGGAGAGACUUGCUGCCAUCUCCUGAAUAACGUCUUCGCAUUUGUUUCAAUUCUUGUCAUAAUUCAUGUAAUUUAUAUAAUAGCGUUGUUUUCUCUACCCCUCCCUCCCAGUGUAAAAAAGGAUGGAUUUGCUUUUGUGCCACUUUUCUUGAGCUGAAACUGGGGAAUUUGGUGAGUUUGAUUGCCAAUUUCUUUGUUGUAUUGUACAAGAUCUGAAUGUAGGAUUCAUUCAUUAAUCUAGAGAUUGUAGACCAUAUUGUGCUCUUCA